AUAUUACAAACCCAGGUAUAACCUCAAACAUUUUUCUAUAGCUCGACUUCUAUGAUACCUACUCGAUAACAUCAAUUCAUCAAGCGGGUGGUUUUAGUCUCUCUAUGGGUGUGUUAAAUAUAUAUAUUUUCGCUUGGUCUCUUCGCUUCUGGUUGUUGUUGUUAGUCCCACCCAAAAUGGAGCCCGGUCUUUCCUAUACACGGCAGAAUUGAAGGGCUGGGCCCAACUGAAAUCGGGAGACGGGUGGAUCGAUCCCAAUAAUUUGGGUCUUCAACACCCGAAACCCACUUUAGUCAAAAAAGCACAAUUUAGCGGGCGUAUUAGGGUUUGCUAACCAUUCCCUGUCUGUUCGCUAGCUGUUACAUAUAGGCUAAAUGGCUGUAGAGCUAAAGCAGUAGCGUAGCAGAUGCCCGGGAAUUCGCGGCGAUGUUUUUUGUGGUAUGGUCCGGUUGGGACCGAGAACUUGCGGGGUUAAAACAGGGGGAGUUGAAAUUAUUAUUUGAAUAUACCAACUCGUGUUCUGUGUAAGUUGGUGGGGUCUUAUUUUCGUUGACGACUAUGGAGUGGAUAUGCGGUUUUUCCCAAGGCACCAUUGUCCUUGCGGCCUCUUUAAUACACAUCGACCGCCUUGCCCUUCUUACCCCCGCUGUCAAAGUCCUAUGUGACCGACAUGUGUGCUACGGUGUCACGCUGCUUUAUUUUGAUGUACAAGGACGAGUGUAGACCUAAAAUUCUACCACAGGAUGUCAAAUCUUAAAAAAAUCAAAGCAGCAUCUCCAAACUCCUAACAAAAUUACCUUAAAGACCGGUGUGUUUGCUUUUCUAAGAACAAAGAAAACUAUUUUACUUAAAUUCCUAUUUUUUUUGAUAAUACAGGGAUUGUUAAACGCUGUUUUCUGUAAAUAGCUUGUUUUUAUAUGAAUCUCAAGUCAUUGUUCUAUGUACAUACAUUCUACACAAAGUUAUUAAAUACACUUGUUUCUAUUAUUUCCAAUCUUUAUACCAUAUCCAUCUAGGUUUGAUUUUUUUCUCUCUCUAACUUUAAAACGUCUUCAACCUUAUAGUUACAGAGUCAAGGGACAGAACACGUACUAUAUACUUUUAGUAUGUUUUCGAAAUAUUUACAGUCUUACCUCUUUUGAUGGUAGACCACUUUAAACAGAACGAAAACAGGCAACCCUAAUCUAUAAACCUUAUCCAAAUACAUUGAGUAAUAAUAAUGAUGAUAAUAAUAAUGAUGUCAUAAAUUACAAUUUUGGUUUUGAGUCAUUUGUGGUAAAAACCUAUCAAAUGCAAUGAGUUUGUCGAUGGCAUUUGAUGUCUUGUUUCUUAUUGUUUUUACAUCUGCUCAGAAAGGACUGAUUUCACAUAAGAGGAGAUGGUCAGACAUGUUUAUAUUUAGUCCCUACAGCCCAAGACCUGGUUGUAUCUUAUUAAUAAACUAAAGUGGUCUAUGGAUUUUCCCAAACAAUAAUUAUGGUUCUUCAGUUACGCACAACUCUUUAAAUCUUAUUAUCUAAUGCCUCUUCUCAGUCAUGCUGAUAACAAGUAAAUUCCUCUAUCUUACCAGACAGAGAGUCUGCAGGUGACUCCUGUUAUUGACCUGCCAUGGAGACUAAGCAAGAAGACUCUGCUGUCUGGAGUCAGCCCACUGAUGAGGACUCGAACAACACCACACAGGUGCACUUUGAAGGCAGCACCGUGGCACAGAUUGUGUACAGUGGAGACCAGGCAGACAGAGCACAGCAGCAGGUGGUUUACACAGCAGAUGGGAACUCCUUUGCCUCUGUGGAGUCUGCAGAGCAUACCCUGGUUUAUAUUCACCCUGCAGAUGGCACACAAACUGUUCUUGCUGAUCAGCCUCAAGUGGCUUACAUACAGCGGGACGGCACGACUCAGCAGGUGACAGUUCUGUUGCCUAGUGGACAGAACAUGAAUGCUGCCAACCUGCAUGUUCUCAGUAAUGUGGCCAAAGCACCUCAAGCUGUUCUGGAGACGGUUCCCCAGGAGCAGAUUUCUGUGUCCAACUCACUGACUUCUAUGGCAGAAAUCACAGAGACCCCCUCUAGUCCCCUCGGAGCAACAGAUUCCACAGACGAUUCUGAUGAAGAGGAAGACUCUGAAAUUGACGACUGGGAAACAUGUCAGCCUCAGUCGUUCAACCCUCUCCACCUCUGGUGUGAGGACUGUAAUGAUGCCAACCCCUCAGUCUGUCUUAAACAUGGGGCCCUCCACCCAGUACCCAACAGACCAGUGAUGUCCAAGGCACGGGCCAGCCUGCCUCUGGUCCUCUACAUUGAUUACUUUAUGGGAGGAGUGUUUUCCAAGAAACGCAUCCCCAAACGUACACAGUUUGGCCCAGUGGAAGGACCCUUGGUUCCUCAGAGUGAACUUCAGGAUCACUACAUGCAUCUCAAAUUGAGUUUGCUGGAUGCAGAGAAAGAUGGAGACAAACCCAGUGACAUGUGGUUUGACCUUUCCGAUGAGGAGAGCUGUAACUGGAUGAUGUUUGUAAGACCUGCUCAGAACCACCUGGAGCAGAACCUGGUUGCCUAUCAGUACGGUUCAGAGAUCUUUUACACAACCAUCAAGAACAUCCAACCCAAACAAGAACUCAAGGUUUGGUAUGCAGCAUCAUAUGCUGAGUUUGCCAAUCAGAAGAUCCACGAUGUCACAGAAGAAGAAAAGAAAUUGCUAAAUGAGCAGGAGAAGAACUGGCCUUGUUAUGAAUGUAACUGUCGAUUUGCGAGCUCUGAACAAUUACAGGAGCAUCUCAACAUGCACGAUGACAAAUUAAACUCUCUGACCAGAUCUCGGAGUCGAAGUCGAGGAAGAGGGAGAAAGAGAUUUGCGGCAGGGAGGCGACCUGGACGGCCACCGAAAUUUAUACUUUUGAAUCCACCCAUGGAUGCCGGAGAGGGGAAGGCGGAGAUGCUGGAGCUAGCAGACAAGCAGCCACUGGAGGAUCAUGUGGAGGCCACCCAGAAUGGCCUAAAGGAAAUGGAGAUAGAGCUAGAGGCUGAGGACGGGACAGAGGUGGAGGCUCAGCUAAUACCUUCUGCAGGGGAACCAGACCCUGAGUCAGUCACUCCCCCCUCCAACACAGACAUUUUAGUUCCAGUAAAGGAGGACCCGGGACAGAGCAGUCAUUAUGAUGUCCACCUGACCUCUAAAGACAUGCGCCGUGCCAAAAGAAUACGGAAUGCCGCACUCCAGCACCUUUUUAUCAGGAAGAGCUUUCGUCCUUUCAAAUGCACUCACUGUGGAAAAGCCUUCCGGGACAAAGACAAACUGGAACAGCAUCUGCGAGUUCAUGGUCGUGACGCCUACACUUUUUCCUGCCACAUCUGCAGCAAGAGCUUCGUAAGCGACACGGCCCUGGAAGACCACCUGCUGAUGCACACAGACAGCCGCUCCUACCCAUGUCUUCUGUGUCAGGAAAGCUUUGAGAAACUGGAGCUGCUCAAAGAUCACAUAGGAGUGCACGCUGUGGACGGGUGCUUCACCUGUCCCUCCUGCGAAAAGACAUUUACAGACUUUAUUCAGGUAAAGAAACACAUUCGCUGCUUCCAUGCAGAGAAAGCGUUCCAGUGUUCUAACUGUGAGAAAGCCUUCUGUCGUCCGGACAAACUGCGUUUGCACAUGUUACGUCACUCGGACCGCAAAGAUUUCCUUUGCUCAACAUGUGGCAAACAAUUCAAGAGGAAAGAUAAGCUCCGUGAGCACAUGCAGCGCAUGCACAAUCCUGACAGAGAGGCCAAAAAAGCAGACCGGAUCCAACGAUCCAAAACCCUGAAGAUGAAGGUUCCCAACACUGACUUGGAGAGCUUCAUGUUCAAAUGCAGGUUAUGCAUGAUGGGAUUUAGACGCAGAGGAAUGUUGGUGAAUCAUUUGUCCAAACGCCAUCCGGAUAUGCGCAUUGAUGAUGUGCCUGAGCUUACGCUGCCAAUUAUCAAGCCCAACAGGGAUUAUUUCUGCCAGUAUUGUGAUAAGGUCUAUAAGAGUGCCAGCAAGAGAAAAGCCCAUAUCCUGAAAAACCACCCAGGCUCAGAGUUGCCUCCAAGCAUCCGUAAACUACGACCUGCGGCUCCUGGGGAACCAGACCCCAUGUUAAGCACACACACGCAGCUGACAGGCACCAUUGCCACCGCGCCUGUUUGCUGCCCACACUGUGCCAAGCAGUACAGCAGCAAGACAAAAAUGGUUCAACACAUCAGGAAGAAACAUCCAGAGUUCGCACAGCUCACCAACACGAUCCCGACUCCGUUAGCUGCAGCGGUGAUCAGCAGCGCCCCUGCAGUCAUCAGUACAGAUGGGACCUCAGCAGAAGCUGUGGUGACAACUGACCUACUGACACAGGCCAUGACGGAGCUUUCUCAAACACUCACCACAGACUACAGGACAGCACAGGGAGACUACCAGAGGAUUCAGUACAUCCCUGUCUCUCAGGCUGGAGGCAACCUGCCCCAGUCCCACAUACAACUGCAGGUGGUGCAAGUGGCUCCGGCUUCCUCCCCACAUUCACAGCACCCGACCGUCGAUGUGAAUCAGCUGCAUGACCCUCACGGCUACAGUCAGCACUCCAUCCAGGUUCAACACAUCCAAGUCACCGAGCCGUCGGGCAACGGACAAGCCACUGCCCAGGUGACUGGACAACCACUCAGUCCUACCUCCCAGCAGACCAGUCAGGAGCUGAGCCCAUCACAGUUGACUCCAGUCACUUUAGCUUCAAGCCACACCCUGCAGUCCAGUGGUGCUGUGCAGCAACAGGGGACGGGUCAGCAUGCAUACAUACCUGGAAAUUGGAACUAUAGAGGUUACCCCUCUGAAAUCCAAAUGAUGACUCUACCUCACGCUCAGUAUGUGAUAACGGAGGCAAGCACUCCAGUGUCUGGAGUCAACAGCAAUCAAGUCAAAACAACUCACUACGUUAUUUCCGAGGGUCAGACUGAGCUGGAGACCAAACCACCUGUUCCUCAAAGCACAAACCCGACCCAUACUGAGCAUCUGGAACAAGAACCUAGUGGUCAGCAAGCCACCACCCAGUACAUUAUCACCACAACAACCAACGGCAAUGGUGCAAGUGAAGUUCACAUCACAAAACCCUGAAGUGGACUGGGGAGAACUCAGGGAGACUGAUCCUGCAUGUAGACCUCACAAGCUUGUACACUUACAAUGUGACAAAAUACUGUAUAAUUUAAUUUUUUUUUUACAUAUAUUACUACCAGUAGAAAGGUCAGGGGGACAAACACAGUUUUAUGUGUCUGUAUGUUAGUGGGGAGAAAAUACUUUGAUAUAUAAACAUUUGUCAAAUACUUUUCUGGAUUUAUUUUAACGGAGCUUCACAUUUUAUGAAUAAUGGAACGCUACAGUUGAUAUGCUUAUCAUUGUAAUCAUGCAGAGGACUGUUAAAUGUGCAUAUUAUGAUAACUUACAUUUUACGUUGUUGUACAGUUAUGGACUUCCUAUAGAAAUCAUGUUCGUACCAUCUUAACAACCAGGCUAAACAUGUUACUGUGAAUCUGUUGUGUGUUCUUUUGCGUAGUAUGCAUCCAUGCUGCUGCUGCUCUUCCUGACCUCUUUGACAUGUCUUGCACAUACAUCACCCGGAUUAAAAAAAGCUGAUCUUAUCAUGUUUUUUAGUCAUUCUCUUUUUCUCAGCAAACAUAAUGUUGUUGACCUUUGCAAGAUGUAACAACUCCACUCUACUAAAGGUCUCAAAGUUAUUUAACUUAAUAUAAUCUAUAGGCUUAUAACAACUAAGAUUUGCCAAAUUUGUAUCUGUUGAAAUAAAAAAAAAAGCCAAGGACGAUCUAAAA